AUGAUCUCAGUCACCACAGCUUUAAACAGAGUUCAAGAAGCUUAAAGCAACGUAACUAAGAAUUUUAGUUGCUUUAUCUGUCUUGAAAGCUGGGAUUCAAGUCUGAAAGAGGUUGAACAGAUUACUCUAGUGCCAUGCAAUCAUGGCAUUUGCUGGAAAAUGAGAGGAGGUCAAAAGUGCCCAUUAUGCUAGUAAAUGAUUACUCACUUUAUCACUUUGAAUCAAGCUAACCAAUAGCCAUAGCCCUUUGUUAGUGUAGAGGCAAUUAUUAAACCCUCGGAUAAAGACUAGCAAAAGGAGGCUCUUGAUGGUCUUGAUCACAAGUUCUUCGAUGACGUAAUUCUAGACCUCAUUAGAUUAAGAAUUAAGGUUUAAGAAUAAAAAUUUGAAAUUAGAGGAGCCAAAGGUACAGACGAAGAUUGGUAUGAGCUCUAAAGCUAUAAAGAGGAAAUCGAGUGCCUUCAAGUUUCCAAUAAAAGACUUGAGAGGUUCGAACCCUUUGAAAGACUUCAGAGAAUUCACAAUUUGAAUGAAAAACUUUUGGAUAUGUUGAAAGAUCUCCCCAAAAAGAAAUUAAACUAAGAAUUUUUACAUUUGGUGAAUCCCAAUUCAAAUUAUUAGAAUUAAGAAUAAUUUGGCGAAAUUAAGCAAGCUUCUCAGAAUAAGAGAGGGAAAAAGGGAAGAAAAACUGUUGUUGUAGUUACCUCCGAGAAGGUUGCAGCAUUAUGA